AUGUCUGCUCCUGCUUCUGCCUCUGCUUCUGCCUCUGCCUCAGACGCGGCAAUCCACGUUGCCAUUGCAGACGAGAUCGAGGUCGCCGCCGACGACACCCCUGAGCCUGAGCCUCGGACCCAGCCAGACGGGCCUGCAGACGAGCAUCAGGAGCAGCACCAGGAGCAUCAGCAGCCUUCUCAGCAACCUCAUGAGACGCCGCAGCCAGACCCUGAUCAGCAGGGGCGGCAUGAUUCCCAGGGGCCGCACGCUGAGGACAGCGCCCACAAUGCCAGCGCCCACGAGGCAUUGAACGGACAUGGCUCGGCCUCUGGGCACGACAACGAUGAACCUAAGGGCCAUGAUGGGACCCUCCGGUACCUUGGCGCGAACACCUUCACCAACGAAAAGGCUCCGAGGCCGGCUCAUCAAGGCAUGGUCAUUCUAUACCACCCGCCUCUUUCCGCCUUAUCGCCACUUGCCAUCAGGCUCAUCAGGCUACUGCUAGCGCACGGAGACUACGUCGUGGCUUGCCUCCCACCGCAUGAGAUAGAACAUGAAGACCGGAGCGCCGAGUUCAGGGAGCUCAUCAACGAGUGCAAGAGCAACCGUAGGGACCGAGAAGGCUGGAAAGAUCGGAUACGAGGCAUACGCUGUGAUGGCCGCUCCAUGGGUCAGUGCAGUGCCGCCAUCGCCGAGGCCGUCCAGGUGUUUGGCCGUGUAGAUAUCUUGCUCUGCUGCAAGUUUGAAUCUGUUGUUGGCACGGUUGAGGAGCUCUCAACCACAAGAGCAACACAGAACCUCGUCAGGGACCAGUUCGAAACAAUAUUCUUUUCUCAGGUCAACUUCAUCAAGGCUGCACUACCACAACUACGAGCCCAACAUACAGGGCACAUUGUAAUUCUCACUAGUAUCGGCGGCCACAUCGGCACCCCCGGUAUGCCCACACACACGGCGGCAACCUGGGCCCUGGAAGGGUUCUGUGACUCCCUGGCUUAUGAAAUCGCGCCUUUUAACAUCAAGGUGACGAUCGUGCAGCCCAACAAGGAGAUACAGUCCCUGAGCAACAAGAUAAUCCUGGCGCCGCAGCUGCCGUGGUACGACAGCGAAAUCAACCCAGCGCCGUCUAUACGCGACAUGCUGAGCAACGUGCUCAACACGGACCCAGAAACGGCAGUCGAGCCCUCGGACACGGAGAUCAUACAUCGCUACCCGAAGCUACCGGCUGCGGCCACAGAGAAGCUCGUCAUGGAGACCGUGCAUGCAUUGACGGCGAUUGGAGGCCACGAGAACCCACCUGCGAGGCAUAUAGUAGGAUUUGAAGGGGCCUCCGCUGUGAAAGAGAAGCUCAAGACAGUGACAGAGGAGCUGGAAGAUUUCGUCGAGGCAAGCGUUGCAGUCGACAUCUUCGAGAGCGAGCUGAAGGCUGAGGCUACGGAGGGGAGAGCCCAUGAGACGCCUGCACGGCCUGCAGCCGAAGUUUUAGAGGCUUUUGACUUUAUGUCUACUUAA